CAACUUGCGGUCACGUUAAGCACUGCGUUUUCGUUGAUAAUUUUUUUUAAAUUAAGUUUCAACGUAUUUAUUUAGUAAUUUAUUGGUUUAAAAUAGUUGCAAAGUGCCCAGCAAGAAUUCUGCAACGUUUUGCUUUAAAUUUUACAUAUUUGCGUGCGCUCGUUUUGUGUGAAAAUGUGAAAAACAUUGCCGAUGGUAAUGUGUUUUCCCCCAAUUGCAGUAAAAACUGAACUGCGACAAAUGUGUGUGUGUGUGGAGAAAAAAGAAUAAAAUAAAAUAGCAAAGCAAAGAGUAAUAGAAAUAAUAAAAAAUUGAAGUGAAUCGCCCAUAAUAAAAUCAGCAUAACUAAUGUACGGCGUAAAAAUGUUGCAGCUACUGCUGGAAAGGCUGCAAAAAUGAACGAUGAGCGCAACGGUAACGGCAAUAAGAGCAAUAACAACAGCAACAACAGUAGCAGCAGUCACAACAACAGUUCAACAAGCAUCGCCAGCAAUAGCAGUUCAACAGGCAUUGACCACAACAGUUCGACAAGCAUUGCCAACAGUUCAACUAUCAUCAACAACAACAACAACGAGCGACUAAUUGCAGAGGCGGCUGCAAAGAUUCUACUUAAAAAUGGCAUAAACGGCGCAAAUGCUGCUGCAGCAGCCGCCACAUUGUUAACAGCAGCAGCUGCUGCCACAUUUCAACUGCCUGCCGCACCAGCAGAACUGAAGCCACCGCUACCAUCAACAGCAGCAACACCAUCAACAAUAUCCCCAACUUCAUCAACAUCCUCAACGUCAGCAACAUCCAAUGGCACCACGCCCACAUUAUCACAAACAUCAACAACAAAAAGUUCCAGUCACCACACAAUGGCAACAGCCUCGGCUACGUUGCUCACUGCCGCUGCUGCUGCUGCCACAAGCGCAGCUCCAAAGCCGCACAUUGAUGUUAUGGCAGGCGUCUUGGAUUAUAGCGCAUUAAAUGGACCAAAUGUUGCUGCCGCUGUAAAGAGCCACAACAAAUUUGGCGGCAACGGCAGCAGCUUUGAUAUGGGCAGGCAUCCGAUAUCAAUGCAUAACAGCAACAACCACAGCAAUCACAGCAACAACAACAACAGCGGCAGCAGUCUUGGCGGCUGUGGCGGUCGACUACAGUUUUUUAAAGAUGGCAAAUUUAUAUUGGAACUGGCACGCGCUAAAGAAGGAGACAAAGCCGGUUGGGUGUCUGUGCCACGCAAGGCAUUUCGUACGCCCUCGGCAGCCACAUCGGCCACAGUGACGCCCACGUCUGCGGUGACAACAACGUAUCCAAAGAACGAGAAUUCCACAUCGCUAAGCUUUUCGGAUGACAACAGCUCCAUUCAGUCAUCGCCCUGGCAGCGGGAUCAGCCCUGGAAGCAGACAAGGCCACGUCGUGGCAUCUCCAAAGAACUGUCGCUAUACUAUCAGCGUCCCCGGCACAAUGUGCUCAAUCAACGCGCACGACAGGCGGCUCUACGCAAACGACGUCGUCCUUACGAGGUCAGCGUUGGCAGUGAGGAUUCGCAGAGCAUAUUCGAACGCAUUCACUUGCAAGAGAAUGGCGAUGAAACCUUAAAGGCUAUCGAAGAAGUGGAUGCCACAAAAACAACAGCGGAACAGCAGUCAGCAGAUGAGAUUAAACCUACUGUUAAGAGCGAAGUGGAAUUAACCGAGAUCAAAACAGAGUCGGAAUCAAUGGAGGUGAAGACGGAACACGAUGACUGCAAAGCUGACGUUGUGGUGGAUGUAAAAGUUGAAGCUGUGGUCGAGAAAAUGAACACAAGCGAGGAUGAAGACGGCAUGCACAUCAGUGUGGACGAUGCGACGCCUGAAGCCACAGAAGCAUCGACAUCUAGCUUAGCGAACGGCAAUGCAGCAAGUGAACUGAAUGGCGGAGGCGAUGCAAAGGUGCUGCACACCAAGUGUGAAGCGGAUGAUGAUGCAAGGACAACAACAAAAGUUAAGACGACGGCGACUACAGACAUAAGACUUAAAAAGCAUAAACCCAGAGCCAAGCUCAAUAGCAUCAUACAGAAACUAAUUGAUGGCGUGCCUGCGCGCCUCGAACAAUUGUCAAAGACAUCAGCAACACUGGCGAAUGCAGCAACAACAGCGACAACGACAUCAGCAGGGUCGUCAUCAUCAGCAUCAUCAAUAUCAACCACAACUGAACGUAGCAGCGGUGGCGGAGCCAUCGGUAGUCUAAGUCACUCUUUGGCGCAUAAGGUCUCGCCACCAUCGUCUGCAACAGCCACGAGUCGUUUGGUUGAAUACCAUUUACAGCAUGUGUCGCCGCGCAAACGCAUACUGCGUGAAUUCGAAAAGGUUUCGCUGGAGGACAAUAAUGGCUGCAUCAAUAAUGGCAGCGUUGGUGGCAGCAACGGCGGAGGCAGUGGAAGCGGCGUUGGUGGCAAACGAAGUCGUGCCAAAGGUGGCAGCAGCAAUACAUCAUCAAGUAGCUGCAGUGGCAUUGUUGCUAACAAAUCGACAGUGCCGAUGAAUCUAGCGCCACCCCAGGCCAAAACGCUACCCAACAUCACGCCCACAGUAACGACAGCAGUUGCAGCAGCGGCGGCAUCAACGGCGCCAACGCAACCAACCCGACUGAAUAGCUCCUACAGCAUACACUCGCUGCUGGGCAGCAGCAGCAGCAGCUCUAAUUCCAAUAAGAAGUCGCACGAUCAGCCGGCAACAAUCAUCAGUAAUGUGCAUCAUCAUCAUCCACAUUCUCAUUCUCAACAUCCGCAUUCCCUUUCGCAUCCACAUCAUUCGCUCUAUGCCAAUCCAACAAACUAUCCGCAUCCACAUUCACGUGCUGCGCUGCUCAACUCGCCCAAGUCACCGGAAAUGAGCGGCAGCAACGGUGGUAAAUCGCCAUCGCAUGCGGCAAGCAAAAAGCAGAGAUCACCACCAUAUGCUGCUGCUGGUUCCCCAUCACUGCCCAUCGAUUAUGGACGACGUACGCCACCGGACAGCUAUAAGCUAGCUCAGGCACAGGCGGCGCAUGCGCAACAGCUUCAGCAUCAUUCCUUCUAUGCGCCCUACAUUCCACAGACCAGCAGCAGCAGCUCCAGCGGCACGCGUGCGGAUCUGUUGUCGCCGCCACGCUCCACGAGCGCCUCGCCACGGGAACCAGCGGUCGGCAACACGACAACACCACACCGAACCGUGCCCAAAAAGACUGCAUCGAUACGGCGCGAGUUUGCCUCACCCACGGCCAGCAAUUGCAGCACGGCAACCAGCAACAGCUGCCCUUCGCCAGGCGAGCGCAGCACAUCAUCGCCGGAAAGACGACAGCAACAGCAGCAGCAGCAACAACAUCUUCAAUUGCAGCGUGGCUCGCCAAGCGCAGCUGCCGCUGCUGCUGCCGCCGCGGCUGCAGCUGGUUCGCCUUUGCAUUAUUAUAUGUAUCCACCAGCGCCGCAACUGAAUGGCAGCGGCGGUGCAGCGAGUCCAAAUGCCACACCCACAACAAGCAGCGUAGCUGUGGCAGCUGCUGCUGCAGCGGCUGCGGCAGCCGCAUACAUUCCAUCGGUAGUCUCGCCAUCGCUCUACCAUCCAUAUAUAACGACGCUUGCCGCUAUGCGGCAUCCACUGUGGAUGCAUCAUUAUCAGGCGGGUGGAGCAUUGUUGCCACCGCCGCCGCCGCCACAUCCGCAUGCGCAGCCGAGUAGCGCGGCUGGAGCGCGACUAUCGCCACAAUCGCCGUAUCAUCAUCCAUUUGGUGGCUACAAUGGCGUAGUUAGUCCGGCCAGUGUGGCGGCAGCGGCUGCUUAUGGUCAGGCGGCGGCAUCGGCAUCGCCGUCGUCUUCGAAUCCACAUUUAGGACAUCCGCAUCAUAGUACGCCGCCUACACAUUUGGCCGAGCAUCGAACGCACACGCCAAAACUGACUGAUACAUCAUCAUGUACUGACCAAAUGUCGUCUGCAGCAUCGUCGUCGUCGUCGUCCAGUCAUCGCACCACAAUCGUCUCCAGUUCACCGGCCAGCUCCAGUGCGUCCGUAACGUCUGCAGGUGCAGCGCUCGGCAGCGGCGGCUCCUCAGUACAAUCCGCAAUGUUUCAAAAUAGUAGUCUAAGGAAUGAACUAAGUUCAGACUUACCACUGAAUCUGUCAAAACACUGAGAUCCCCAGCUCUAUACCUAUGUUGCUUCAGUGUUUGGGCAUCCCUCGAGUUAAGUACAUUUAUCGCACUAGUAGCGCUUAAGACGACAUUCAAAACCCCACACUACAUACAUAAUUAGUGGAUAAGUUAGAUGCUAUUUUUAGUUUGUAACUCAAUUGUUUUGCAUUAAGCUACCUAGGGUUUUUUUUUAUUUUAAGGCCGACAAUACAAGCUGAUGACUACGACACUAUAUAUUACAUAAUAACAAAACUUCAAAAUGUUUUUUUAAAAAACCCGUUCCAAAACUAUUUAUGCAAUCAGCUAAGCGUAUAAAAAAUAACCAACAAAACCGUUUUUUGGCUAACUUACGAGUAAAAUUUUAAUAUAUAUAUUUUUUUAAUUCCCAUAGGAUGCACGUCUUAAAGAAUCUCAAAAAAUAUUCAAAGUCGGUUUUUCAAUACUUGGUUGAGAUAAUACUUUGAACUCUGAACCGCUUAUUGAAAAGUCGCCACUAAGAUUUUUUUUAUCAAAAACAUUUCCUUGAAACAGACUGAACUUAAAUUUUUUAGACAAAAAUAAAAUUGAAACAAAAAAAAAUAUAACAUAGACCACUGCAUCUUACUUUUUAUAUGUAUGUGCGUGUAUGUAAAAAAUAUUUUGACAAAGGAAAACGAAAAAAAAAACAAACAAAAAAUAAAAUACAAAAAGAAAGGAAAAACAUACAAAAAAAUACAAAUCAGA